UCAUUUAAAUUUUUGCCGCUUGGAGCGGUGGUUUCGCUUUGGAAAGUUUCACAUCCGUAAGAGAGCGGCAAGGCGAAGUAGUGCUAAGUAGGCAAAGAAGUCUCGCGCGCGAACUCGGUACGCUGCAGGCGAUGACCGCAUUCAUGAGUUUUUAUUAAAUAGUGAGUGUGCUGUCGUGUUCUCCGUUCCGCUGUGUUUACGAAAAUGCUGUAUAGGUGAACCAUCUUAAUAAGUGUUGUGAUUGUGAUUGUAAUCUAUCUGUUCUAUCCUUUAUUGUCUAUUAAAGGUUUAAAAAAAUGCCUUGCUCAGCAGUAACUUUGUCUAUAGCGACUAUUACAGCAAUCGUGGCUGCUGCUUUAAUGGCCAUAGCCUUCUCAACAGACAAUUGGCUCUAUAUAGAAGUAAAGCGAUCUAACAUUCAGUCAUACGCUGCGGAGAACUCGGCGGGCAACUCGCAGGUCAUCCUCGACAGCUUGAACAACAAAUAUUUCUUCUACACCAGAACGAGAGGUCUUUUCCGCAUCUGCUACCCGAAAGAAAGACCGCCUACAGUUGAAAUCUACCUGUCGCCGGUGGAGACUCACUGCAGUAAUGUAGACUACUUCAUUCCCGACGAGAACAACGAAACCAAAGGCCUCUCAGACGAUGCAAUGAACAGGCUACAUAUGGCUCGGUCAACGGUGGCGUUGUUCAUUGUGGCGUUCUUGACGUUGUUCAUUGCUUUCUGGACGGGCGUCGUCGGCUGCUGGAAGCGCAGUCCCGGCAACAUCACCGCCACCGCUAUACUGAUGCUCGUCACAUGUCUGCUGUCGGCGGGCGCUAUGGCACUGUGGCACGGGGUUGAGUUUUAUGAAAAAGAGAAGGUUGUAGGAGAGGAGUUCUAUCAACAAUGGCCCAACAUAUUACGUGACAACUCUCGCGUUUGGUACGAUUGGUCGUAUAUGGUGGCGUGGUGCGGCGUCGGACUGUCACUGCUGUCGGCCAUCUUGUUUUCGUCGGCGGCCAUUUGCUUACGCGGCGAGCGAGAGCGGGAGGAAGCGCUUAAUAUGCAGUACCUCAUGCCGGUAUACCCACAAAAGCAGCAGUACGCUUACGCCGGAUACCCGCCGCCCGCGGCGUACCCCGGUCCCUACUACCACGGCUCGCAGUACGGGCCCUACAACUACUGAGCACGCGACCAGAUCCCGGACCUGGUGGCGCCGCACUGCGCCCCCGCCCCGCAGGCCCCGGCCCGCAACCCCUCGCCCCGCGCCCGUACAACCUCCUCCCAUUCCUCACUCGACACAUUUAACUCCCACCGGAAAAUCAAACGACCCAAGCUGAUCGGCGACAAGAAAGUCUACCGCCCGGUCAGAAGGCACACCCUGUCCCGUAUAGACGAGACGCCUCCCCAAACGCUGGCCCGACCUCGGUCCAAGAGUCUACAGCACUCUGCGGAUGAUUUCUCGUCGACGCGUCCGAUGCUCCGGUCUCGCUCCAACGUGUCAGCGGACACGAGCAGGAGCGUGCCCGUCUGCAACCAAAGUCACGAGAUUGGUAACCAGCUGGAGAGCAACAGCCCCCAGUACGCAGAGCCUAAAGACUCUGACUCGUCUUCGUACGAGCGGCCGGCUUCGAUGACGGACCUGCCUAUCAUGGUACCCAUCGACCAAGUGACCGGCGCCUACGUCCCCUACCCCCAAUACUCGUACUAUCACGACGAGGGUUGUAAGCUCAACCGUUUGAAAAGGAACAACAAGAAGUCUAAAAAGUCCCCAAAAAACAAUGUUUACCUUGCAUUCAUGUACUGAGCGCGCGGGAGCCGUAACGAAGUGACGGUGAAGAGUUUCGAUUCAAGGCCGUUGCAGUGUAAGACGCCACAGCUAUGUGACUCCAUUUAAAAGUUGACAUUCUCAACUGUCAAUGUCAUUUAAACUUUUACGUACCUACACUAUCUGAUUAAUGCAAACGAAACAGGUCCGAUUCUGGUUGCGAAACUGACGCACGUUAAUGGCACAUUUUAUAUGGGCCGAGCUAUGUAUCAUCAGUAUCUAAAUGUUGAAAGUUGUUUAUGGAAUAUCGAUAAAGUUGAAGGGAAUCGUCGCUCGGCCCCUACCUUGAGCACGGCUUACGAAACUCCGACACCGCUGGUCCCUUCGGAGCGUGAUGCUUCCGACGAACAAAGCCUUUGUCUCACGAAAUAUAGUUGUAAUUAGUGAUUUUAUUCCAACGAGGAGCAUAUUAGAAAGUGAAGUGGUCUACGUUAUGCCGAACAGAAGAAGCAAUCCAAAUUAGCGAUGUGGUAAUAAUUUUAAUAAAAAUAAUAAUCGUUGGUUUUUUGUUCACAUUUGACAUAACACCGACCACAACAGGAGUUUUAAAUAUAUAUUCACUCCGCCAUAAUAUAUCGCAGUAAAACAAAACGUUUAGUUAGAAUAAUUAUUAAGAUUUUUUUUAUUAGUGCGUACAUUAAUUACCUACACAAAAGAAUUGUCUCAAAAUCCACAAAACAAAAUAUCGUUGUAGUGCCUUUGACAAAAAAAAAUGCUCAUCUAUAUUUAUUUAUAUAAGCAUCAUGAACUUAUUGUAAUUUAUAGGUUUCAUAGUUCAAUAUAUUGAAAUUAUUUUAAUCAGUAUACAUAAUGCUCUUGUAAUUGCUCAGAUAUUCAUAUAAGUACCUUCUUCGUAGCAUAAUAAUGAUGAUAAUACCAUCCCAAAUAAAUUUAAGUUCUUAUAUAUUGUCGUAUUAAAAUAACGGUUUAUAUUGUAGAAUGUAUAUCUAAAAUUGGUGGCUUCCAUUUUGUAAAAAAAAAAACAAUAAACAGUUUUUUUUUUUUCGAAUUUAAAUUUUUAAACUAAGGGUUUAUUAAUCGUUCUUAUCGUAUCGUUCGAGUCAAUCUAAACAGAACCAAUUAGUUAAGAGUUCGCGAAUCUAUUGUAAAUUUAUCGAUAUAAGUAUAUUUAACGAAAACGACUAGAGAUUGUUUACAAGUAUUUUUCAUCACUAUUGUAUUUAAAUUUUACAAAUAAAAAUUGCAAAAAUGAAA